UCUUCCCUGAACUCCAAAACUGUGUUGGGCUGGACCAUGGGGACCCCCUGGGAGGCCUGGAGGGGGAGCCAUGACAGGACCCCCCAACUGCUGCUGCUGGUCUGGGGGCUCCCCGGGACCCCCGUGCUGAGCUACGGAGACGAGGUGGGGCUGGCCCGGCCCCCCGGCAGCAAGCCGCCGCCGAUGCCGUGGGAGCGAAUCCAGAAACUCCAGGAAACCAAGAACGGCUCUGAGUGGCAGGUGCUGGAGCUGUGCCGGGCCCUGGCUGGGCUGCGCGGGGGGGAGCGGUCGCUGUCGCUGGGCGGGGCCGAGGUGUUGCCGGCGGGCGAGGCCGUGGCCGUCCUGCGCCGCUGGGACCAGAACGACCGGUUCCUGCUGGUGCUCAACCCCCGCGGGGACCCCCUGGAGCGGGUCAGCCUCCCCCAGGCCCUGCUGCCCCCCAGGGCCACCCUGCGCCUCAGCACCCACCGCAGCGGCGCCCAGGGCUCCCAGGUGGAGCUGGGGCAGCUGCGGCUGCAGCCCUACGAGGGGGUCCUGCUCAGCUUCCCCUACGACGC